UUCGGUGUUCGACACCUUGACAGCCCGUCUAUCCACCCACUUUUCUCGGGACAAUGGCAUUGUAAAGUCCCAGGCCCCGACCAAUCGAAAGACUUGGUAUCAAAGGAUUACUACAAGCCAAGUCCGGCGGACAUUUGUAGCAAGGUUUAUAGUCGCUCGCUAUAGUAGGGUAGUAGUGGAGAGGAGGGAGUAGGGACCUCUAUCGAUACCUAUUUCCCGCCCCCGCAUCUGCUUUCUCCCAUGUUGGUAAUUUCCCAAGGCGCUUGGAUUCCCUACCCGCAGUAAGGAUCAAAAAGCUUAAGAUUCCUUGGUUUCACAUCAUUGUUGUGGUAAUCUUUGUAGGGCAACCUCUUCGCUUCCUUGCUUUGAAACUGCAACUACCUGAAAUUUCUAGUAAUUUCUCGAGACACAAGGUGAAAUGCGGGAAAAAAAAAAACAUCAUCUGCAAUCCUUUUUAUAUCCUUUUCAUUAAUUGCGUCUCCCGAUUCACGAUUGAGUUUUAGUUUUGUUUGUCAUUGUGUAGAUUCUUAAUUCCAAGAGUCGCUUUCCUCCCAAGAAAAACAAAGACUCUUAGCCCGUAGCUUCGUCGUACGAGAGAGAGAGAGAGAGAGAACUUAACCCCAAGACCCAUGUUCGCGUUACGCACGAUAGAAGCCCGCACAAACCAAGAAUCUCCCCCAACAACACGCGGAUGCUUUAUCCAUCUUGGUAUUGACGUACAUUCAAUGCCAUUUCCCUCGUCCCUCCGCAUGACCAAGCCGCGCAAAAACAGUACAGUACCACACACACACACGGAAGGGGGGAGCGCGGGCUCUUCGCUUAAGCGGCAGCCAUUCCUCCCGUUCCCUCUUCCCCCCCAAGACCAACGGAGAGAAGAAAAAAGAAAAAGAGAAAAACAAUAUUACAAGUCUCCGUAG